AUGGCCGAGGCCGAGCCCUCCCUCAACAUCCCUUCUCUUCUCACUCUUGCCGUCGUAUCGUUUUUCGUUAUCCGGUGGUUUUUUUCACGGCCUGGAGAUGGAAAUGGGGAAAGUUCUGGACAGCGGAGCGGCUCUCGUUCCCGAGUGGAUCCCGCGCAGGUUGAGCAGCUGGCACAGAUGUUUCCGCAGCUAAACCGGAGAGAUAUCAUGUGGGAUUUGCAGCGGAAUGGGGGCAGUGUGGCUGCUACGACUGAGAGGGUGCUAGGAGGGAGGGGUCUGGAAACCCCGCCGCCUUCCUUUCAGCCAAAUAUACCUGAACCAGCAAGUCCCGCAAUCCCAGCGACGUCAACAACAUCAUCAAAACAACCGACCGACGAUCUCAUUACACGAUACAACCUCAGUUCGCGAAUAAAGGAAGGUGUGGCUACAGUUGCCGCCGCCACCGAUUCCAGCACAAUUAUAAGACCUGAAAGUGCAUGGUCGCAAAAUAAAAGUGAGAGACAACGGCUUCUCCAAAAGCGCCGGGACGAUAUGAUUCUCGCGGCGAGGAGAAAGAUGUUGGAAAAAGAUGGCAUCUCUGGUCAAUCUUAG